AAUCAGGAUUGUCCAUUCCCAAACCUCCUCUGGAUGGAGGAGAAGGCUGCAAGGAAGUAGAAGAUGCCCCGUGACACUGAGGCAGACAAGGAGCUGAGGAUGGAGAGCAGGGAGGACAAAUCCCCACGGCAGAACCUCGUGGAUGAGGCUGUUUUUAGCGGCUCCACAGCAACGGAAUCUAAUGGGGCUGAAAAGCCCUGGAGAUCCCUCAGGAGGAGGGGCUCCAAACCCAGCCCAGGAUGCUCUGGGGAGGAAAGACCCAGCCUGUGCCAGGAAGACAGCCAGAGAUCUGGCCAGAGCUCUGAGGUGCUGGUCCCUGAGCAGCUUGAUGAUGGCAAGAAGCCCCACCAGUGCUUGGAAUGUGGGAAGAGUUUCCUCACGAGGUCCCGCCUGGUCCGCCACCAGAUGGUGCACACUGGGGAACGGCCCUACGAGUGUGGGAAAUGUGGGAAGGGCUUCAGAGACACCUCAGACCUGAUCCGCCACCAGACAGUCCACACUGGGGAACGCCCCUACGAGUGUGGGGAAUGUGGACAGAGAUUCAGCAUCAGCUCCCACCUGAUCGUCCACCAGAGGAUCCACACUGGGGAAUGGCCCUAUGAGUGUGGGGAAUGUGGGAAGAGUUUCAGCCUGAGCUCUAGUUUGAUCCGCCACCAGAGGAUCCACACUGAUGAACGGCCCUAUACAUGUGGAGAAUGUGGGAAAGGCUUCAGGAAGGGCUGCCACCUGUACCGCCACCAGAGGAUCCACACUGGGAUACGACCCUACGUGUGUGGGGAAUGUGGGAAGGGCUUCCGUGCCAGCUCUGGCCUGAUCAUCCACCAGACAAUGCACACUGGGGAAUGCCCCUGCACGUGCUCACAAUGUGGGAAGAGCUUCAUGGGGAACUCUAGCCUGAUUAUGCACCAGAGGAUCCACACUGGGAAGAGGCCCUGUGGGUGCGGGGAAUGUGGGAAGAGCUUCAGCCGGAGAUGGUAUCUGAUUCUCCACCAGAGGAUCCACACUGGUGAGAGGCCCUGUAAGUGCAGGGAAUGUGGGAAAAGCUUCAGUGUGCCCUCCACCCUGAUUGCCCACCAGAGGAUCCACACUGGUGAGAGGCCCUGUAAGUGCGGGGAAUGUGGGAAAAGCUUCAGGCAGAUCAGCCUGACUGUCCACCAGAGGAUCCACACUGGGGAGAAGCACUAUAAGUGUCCUGAGUGUGGGGAGAGGUUUCAGAGCAGAUACCGUCUCCUCAAGCAUCAGCAGAUUCACACAGAAUAGAGGCCCUUCUGCUGCCCCGACUGUGGGAGGGGCUUUAAGAGAAACUCCACUCUCAUCACCCACCAGCAGAUCCACGCUGGGGAGAGGCCCUAACAGAGUCCCAAGUGUGGGAAGAGCUUCUCCCAGAACUCUACUGUGACCCAGCACUAAGGGAGGCAGCAGUAAGGGAAGCCCUACAAGUGCCCCGUGUGCAGGAAGAGCUUUGAGCGCUGCUCCAACUCCAUCCCCCACUGGAGGAACCCCACUGGAUGGUGAGACUUGGUGAUCCAUGGUCCUGGUGAUCCUUAUUAGGAAGACACCUGGCUGAUGAUCUGCACCUCUUCCUGGCUUCCCUUGGACACUUGGACGCAGCCAGAGAAAAAUGCAUUGGGAUGCAAACCGACAUCAGAAUUUCGUAGGGGACAGCAGUUUUUUACUUUUGACCCCAAAAAAAUCUCACCUUUUGCAUCCAAUAAUUUCUUCAGGUGGCAUCAAGGAAUACUGGAUGGUGUUGGAGGUCUUUUCCAAUCAAAAUCAUUCCAUGAUUCUAAUUCUCUCUAGCCCAUAGGCAUUUUUCACAGCCAAAUGGUGAUGGACUGGAGCAAAACCACAAGAUUUUGGAGACAGUGGAGUGGAAAUUCCUCUAGAAAAGGUUCUACCCACCCAGGCACAUGGAUACUCAGCCAGCAUGGACAUGUAAAUUCUUUUAUUUUGGCUUUCAUUUUCCUUCAUUUUUCUUCAUCCCUUCACUCAAACAUUGGGGUAAAAAUAAAGACAUUUAACUAAGACAUGGAUGGUGACAUUGGGGGACAUGGGUGGGGAUGGGGAUGGGGACAUGGACAAGGACGUGGGUGUGGACAUGGCUGUGGAUGGCAAUAUUGGGCAUGGGGGGGUGUCACAGAUAUAGAUGGGGACAUGGGGCUGUAUGGCCAUGGAUGAGGACAAGGGGACAAGUCCAUGGGUUGACAUGUCCAUACCAUGAGGUGUCCCAUGACCAAGGACAGCACAUCCCCACCACCACCACGAUACUGUCCCCUUCAUGCUCCCGUUUAUUCCCUGCUCUUCCCCUGGCUGUGACACCUCCCUCGCAGGAUGUCCCCAUGUCCAGGUGACCCGUGUCCAUCAGCUA